AUGGCUCUCUCGCCUUCUAUUCCACCCCACACAUCUACCACGACCACGAGCAAUACGACUUCUACAAUCUCCAAAACUCCUAAUUCCUCUUUCCAAUCUGGAUAUCACCCAAACUCAAAUUCGAAUUCGGUCUCGAAUUUGAUUGAUACCAAUCCCAACAACAAUCAAAUUCAAAUUCAAAAUCAAAUUCAAUUUAUACCCUCGUCUCUUACCCAUAAAACCAAUCCUACGCAGACCUCAUCCGCAUCCACCACCACUACCACCACAACCGCGAAUACCUCAGCCUCAAAUUCUCUACCACCACUUUCGGAUAGAUCCAUUCGAGAAGGCGAAACGACUCACAAUUUGACAAAAGAUUUCUCUGAGAUAUCUUCUGUGAAACUUUCUAUUCGGCCUUUGACUUUUGAUUCACAAUCUCCAUUGAUCGUUCGCGAAUCGACUUCAAAGGAACUGAUCCCUCGUUCUUCUGCUAAUAAUAAUAAUACUACCACUUCUAAUAAGCAAAAUCGACAAUCGACUAGCUCAUUAAAGCAAAACCGAAGUGGCUUAUUUACCUUGGCUGUUUUAGCAAGAGACAAAACUAGCAACGCAAUUGCAAGUUUGGCUGAACCCGCAUUACGUUCUCGUCUCUCGUCAAGCAAUAUUUUAGAUUCAAAUACAGAUCAUAUCACUCCUUUGAAAGGCAUCAAUAAUAGGUCCAAGUCGGCAGAGUCUAUUGCGAGUACUAGAGAACAUAUAGCUUCAUCCUCCUCACCUAGUGAUAACUCGACACCGGCUACAUCGAACACAAUUGCAGAGAACACUCCUUCUGUUGAUUUCCUCGGUCGUCGUCAGUCGUUACUUGGUACCCAUCCUCCCUCGCAGGCGUACUCGAACACUGCCGCGGAUACCCCACCGUUGAUCCACCCAAAUCGCAACACGGCGAACUCAAGCAAGAUGCACCAAACAUCGUCGCGCUUGUUGCGCAUGACGAGCGAUGAUAGACCGUUCACUAGAGAUUUAUUCGCAACGUUGGUAGUCAGUUUACCACUGGCAGCGCACCGCAUACGAUUAACUAGAGUGGAACAUUCGUUUCUUUCAGAAGAGGCUAUCAAUAAUCUGGGUUCUUUAAAAUUCUCACAAUCAAAUCGUAUGCCAGAUCCAAAAGACCCCUCACGUAUCGUCACCACUACCACGACUACAACAUUUUCUAUGGCGCGGGAAAUGGCUCGUUCAGUGUGCCAACGCUUCUUGGAUGCACGAUUUAUUGAAUCUGCGGAUGGAAAGCAGGCAAAGGAAUUCACCAUGAAGGGAUCUAUAUGGCAGUUGACACCAAAGGGUAUUCAUAUUUUGGAAAGAUUCUGCUUGAAGAACGGAAUACAACAGAGACACGUCGCAGAACUUGUCGCGUCCCCAAGAAAUACCAUGCAACUGGUUAUUUUAGAAAGAGAUUCUGCUACGGAUAAACUUUCCUCGGAUCGAAGCACAAUUGAGGUUAUUUUCCGCAGAUUCGUUGGUCAAAAUGGACCCAAUAUCAAGAACAGUACUACAUCAGCUGAUUCGGACUCCUUGAGCGAAUACAAGGAUGGAAUUGCUGGUGUAAGAAUGGCAGGAGAGCGUAAAGUUGGAUCGCCACCUAGAACUGUUUAUCAAACAUUUACCGGAAAGGCCGCUUGUGACUGGUUAAUGGAUUGUUGUACUACGGUGGACAGACGGGAAACCACAGAAGUCGCAUCGCUAUUUUUGGAGCAAGAACUAAUCUGGUGUGUUCAGCCCGACAGGCAAUACCAACAACAACUUCCUCCUUCUGAUGAUAAAAAGGAUUUCCGGUUUCAGCCUACAAAAUAUGCCUUCUAUCAGUUAUCACAAAAAGGCAAAGAUGUCAUCAAUAUGACUUCAAGGGAUCGUACUUCUGAGAGUGAAGGAUCUUCAGCGGCAGUUAGAGCUGGUGUUUCCCGCGAUUCGAAUACUCAAAAAUUGGACAAGAUCCUCAAUGAUGCUGCGCUCCGUUUGCUUUUCCGUGAAAACCUUCGGGAUACCCAUUGCGAGGAGAACUUGUCUUUCUAUUUAGAUGUCGAGGAAUUCUUAAAGUCUUGCAAAGCAGCGGUAAGAAAUGUGGAUCCAACCAGGGGUAAAUCUGGAGGAAGUCUCGAUUCCGUUAAAGAAACCAUGGCCUCGGCCUACGGUAUCUACAAUGCAUUCUUAGCUCCAGGCUCACCUUGCGAACUUAAUAUCGACCAUAUGCUUAGGAACCAGCUGGCUACCAGGAUGACUAAAGCUGUGGGACAAGAUGCUGCUAUGGUUGAGAGUCUGAAGGAAGUUACCAAAUUAUUUGAAGAGGCUCAACUGUCAGUCUUCAAGUUGAUGGCUAGUGACUCGGUACCAAAAUUCAUGAAGAGCUCGAAAUAUGAACAAACUCUUAAGAAUUAUGAUUUCGAUUCAUUAACACAUGGGCCACGGUAUAAUCUACCUGAGCGCUCUGUUAGCAAAUCUAACAGGUAG